AUGGGACAGGCGGCCGAACCAGGACCUGCAAAGAUGGAUCCCAGGAAACACCUGCAGCUGAAUAAACUACUGAAAGUGAUUGCAGUAAUGUCCCAGCCAUUCUGAAAGAUAGACGGCUUGACUGAACUGGCUUGUGCUGCUGGCUUUCGGGCUGGUUGGACCGGACCAGAACAGACCGCACCAGAAGGUACUUCUGCUGGAAAGGAGUCCUAGUAUAUCCCUGCGCUUUAUUGCAUCCAGAAUGCUCAACAUGAUCCAUGAUGUUAUAUUCCAACGAGGAAAAGGGGGAACAAAUCUAAGUAUCUAAGUAUCUGUGACGGAGCAAGAAUCUGGUCAUAGCUGCUGACUUCGCAGCUAAGAAAAGAACUCUCCCAGUGAGUUGAAAGUAAGGAACGAUCAUGAGUCGGAGAAAAAUAGCGAACUCUUUGGUCAUGCUGUAGUCCGGAGUAAAGCCACUGAACGCCGUGCGGGAUUCGGCUGGAAAUAGUCGUCAGUGAAGAUCGAAGUUCACGCUUGUAUUGCCCUUCACGAUCGGUCUUCCUGGCAGGCCAGCAUCCAUAUAGACUGCGCACCGCUGGAGAGAAAAUGGGAUCCGACGACAAAGAGCAUCACCUUGGAGGGGGGUUUCGAAAUCCGUGGCCUUCACAUUCAUUCGAAGGAUCUAUCGCCGAGUUUUUCAGGAUGAUAGUCAGGGGGGACUGGGACAGAAGCCAAACGACACCGUCUGCGGAAGUGAGAGCACAAUUGGGAACACCACUAAAAACCGAAAUAGGACGGCUCAUGAAACCCCCAGUUGGCCUUGUACAGACAACGUGGGUGGGACACGCAACUUUCUUGGUGCAGUUCGACGGAUUAAAUGUCCUAACAGAUCCUGUUUGGUCAGAUCGUUGCUCUCCAACUCAGUGGGUCGGACCGAAGAGAUUCAUGCCAGUGCCAUUUGCACAGAAGGAAUUGCCACCAAUAGACGCUGUUAUCAUCUCACACAAUCAUUAUGAUCACCUUGACGAACGAACUGUUAAAGAACUCGGAAACAAGCCUCUGUACUUGGUUCCUUCUGGAGUCAAGAGCUGGUUCACAAGUCUGGGAAUCACAAAUGUUGUGGAGCUGGACUGGUGGCAAGAGCAUCGCGUUGAUUUCCCCGAUGGAGAUCGUGUAAGGUCUUUGCGGGCUGUAUGUACUCCAUGUCAGCACUUCUCUGGACGCGGUGCGUUUGACAGGAACAAGACAUUAUGGUGCUCAUGGGUACUGGAAGGACAAACCAAAAGAGUUUACUUCGCGGGUGACACUGGCUUCUGCACUGUUCCUAGGGGAUGUGAACACCCAGGAGGGGUGCCCAGCAUCGAAGCAGUUCCUUCUGCAGUGAACCUGCCUGUUUGUCCCGCGUUCGAAGAGAUUGGUAAACGAUUCGGUCCGAUUGAUAUUUCGUUCAUUCCUAUUGGAGCUUACAGCCCCCGUUACUUCAUGAGCUCUGUACACUGCUCCCCAGAGGAUGCGGUGGCUAUUCAUAUGGCAGUUGGUUCGAAACAGUCAGUUGCUAUGCAUUGGGGGACUUUCGCAUUGACCGACGAACCAAUCAUGGAACCACCGCUAAGGCUUCGUAACGAAUUGGAACGUCUAAAGAUCGACCCCUCAAGAUUUAUCACUAUGAAGCACGGAGAGACUAGAACGUUCUGAUUUUCUUGGAGUUAAGAUCGUAUGUGGAUUGGCAGGUUCGUAGGUUUCUCCGCGAGUGUAAAAAUAUUUGAAAUCUUCCUUUGCAAUAAAGUAUGAGGACAUUAUGUCGAAGUCACAUGGUAUGUUCUGUACGCCAUCUCGAAGGUUUUUUCCCUAGAAAAAAUUAUUAAGCGACUCACUACGCCAUCAAAUCUGACCACGGAC